GUGAAUGAAAGGGGGGCGUGUCGGAGAGCAUAGCUUUUCGGCAGCACGGCUGGAACCCGCUGGAAGAGACAACAGGCUACUCCAGAGCGGCAGCAGCUGGCGGCGCAAUGGAGAUGCAAUCCUACUAUGCCAAGCUCUUGGGGGAGUUGAAUGAACAGCGAAAGAGGGACUUUUUCUGUGACUGCAGCAUCAUUGUGGAAGGACGGAUCUUCAAGGCCCACAGGAACAUUUUAUUUGCUAACAGUGGCUACUUCCGAGCCCUGCUCAUUCACUAUAUCCAGGACAGUGGGCGGCACAGUACCGCCUCCUUGGACAUUGUCACCUCUGAUGCCUUCUCCAUCAUCUUAGAUUUCCUCUAUUCUGGGAAGUUGGAUUUGUGUGGGGAGAACGUGAUUGAAGUGAUGUCGGCUGCCAGCUACUUGCAGAUGAAUGACGUGGUGAACUUCUGCAAGACGUACAUCAGGUCGUCUCUUGAUAUUUGCCGAAAGAUGGAGAAGGAAGCAGCUGUGGCUGCGGCGGUGGCGGCGGCGGCCGCGGCGGCGGCUGCAGCAGCGGCUGCCGCUGCUCAUCAGGUUGACGGUGGCAGCCCCAGUUCAAGCAGGGAAGGGACCUCCUGCGGUACCAAGAGCUUGGUCUCUCCAGCCGAGGGAGAAGAGCGCGUGGACUGCUCAAGAGAGUCCCCUUGUGGUGACUGCGGAGAUGGCCACCCCUUAGAACUGGUGGUGAAAGACAGCCAGGGCGGUGGCUCCAUUGACACUGAUCUCUUUACUGUGCCCAAACGGAUAGAGCCCAAGGUGGAAUUUGAUGCUGACGAGGUGGAGGUGGAAGUUGGUGAACCGCUGCAGCAUUUUCCUGCCCCGCUGAGUCUGACCCACGUGGAGGAGGGCUUGCCCAGCGGUCAAGCCGUCGACUUGGCUUACAGUAACUACCACGUGAAGCAAUUCCUGGAGGUGCUUUUGCGCAACAGUGCCGUCCAGAGCAAAGAUGAUGGGGACCAUCACUUUUCUCGGAGUCUGGAAGGAAGACCGGAGGGUACAGGAGUGGCCAUGGGUUCCAUGAUGGAUGUUCACACGGAUUGGUAUGGAGAGGACUCAGGUGACGUGCUGGUGGUCCCCAUCAAGCUCCAUAAGUGUCCUUUCUGCCCAUACACUGCCAAACAGAAGGGCAUUCUCAAGCGGCACAUCCGCUCGCACACAGGCGAGCGGCCCUACCCCUGUGAGACCUGCGGCAAGAGGUUCACGCGACAGGAGCACCUGAGGAGCCACGCGCUGAGUGUGCACAGAUCCAAUCGUCCAAUCAUCUGCAAGGGCUGUAGAAGAACCUUCACCAGUCAUCUGUCCCAGGGGCUGCGGCGCUUCGGGUUGUGUGACAGCUGCACCUGCAUUACAGACACUCAUGAUGAUGAUGACGACUUGAUGCCCAUCAACCUCAGCCUGGUGGAGGCUUCGUCCGAAAGCCAAGAAAAGAGUGACACAGACAAUGACUGGCCAAUAUACGUGGAGUCCGGUGAGGAAAACGACCCUGCCGGAGAUGAUUCUGAUGGCAGACCACAAAUUCGGCCCAACUUAGCAUACCGAGAGACACUUACGUAGCAAAAAGUGGUGGGGAAGAAGUUUUAGAAUUUGUUUGUGUUCAUUCUGCAAUGGAAAGACACAAUUCAUCCAGUUUUGUGGAACCCUGAGAGGAACAUCUGUUCACUGUUGUUAUAUUUGUAUUUUUGUUGGACUACACGGUGGAGGUUGGAUUUGGUGACUCAGAAGACUAAUAACUUUUAAGUGCGGUGCCCUGGGUUUCCCAGGGCUUUUCUGGCCAUGCCUUCAUGCUGAGUGAAUCAAGGCUUCCUGGUUUUGGCUGUAUGUCUAAACUCUGGUUAGGAGAAAGAGGAAAAUCUUCAUCCUUAUUUUCACGUUGCCUCCAUCCUCUGGAUUGCUUUGUGCUGGGGUGGGGACUCACCUGGAGCUCACAGGGGUGGCUAGAAAAAGAUUUCUUAAAUGAAGAUUAGGAUAGGAAGAAGUACAGAGUUUAUUUUCCUUCAUUUUAUUUUCUCUGAUAGUAAAAAGAAAGAGAAAAGGAGAGAAAGAAAGAGAAGGAGAAAGAGAGAAAGGGGAGACACAUGGGGAGGGGAAUGGCGCAGCAUCUGGGUUUUUUAAGGGAAAAAGUAGCUUUUUUUUUCUCCUUUGGUGCAGAGUGAUAACAGGGGCGGCUAUGUAGCUGUGUUUGUUUUCCUUUUUUUCUCUUCUCUGUGAGGCUGGCCGGCCCUUGGGAUGUGUCCCAAAGAGCAGAGGCCAUGAGCUCACUGCUUUCUGCUUAGGGCUCUUACAGGCUGUGAAAAUGAACUCUUAGAGCUAAAGAGUUAGGCCGCAGGUGUUCAAUCAAACAAAACAAAGGGGGCCCUUGCAUUAUGAGUUUUCUCAUUAAAGGGGCAAUGAUGUGUUGUGAGUUUAUUCCUCUUUGAUAGUUUUCUCUGUUAGUAGUUUAUUAGUAAGGCCACCUUUCACUUUGUUAACCAUCCUCUUUCUCUGAAAAGAUGGGCAAGAAUACAUUAAGUUUUGUUAUUGAUGUUACCCUUGCCAAGCCUUUACUGAUGAAUUUCACAUUUUAAUUUUCUGGCAAAGUAUUAAAGAGAAACCUUCUUGGAUAGGAAGCAGGCAGGGCUGUCUGACUAUAUGAUCAUAAAAGGUACUCUCUAAAUCUAAGACUGCAGUGUUAAAGGCUAGGAGGAUUUAUGUACAGACAAGUAUGGAUGUUAGCCAAAACCCUCAUUAUGGCAUCCUGACUUGCCUAGUUCAAUUACAUUUUAAGUUGGCCCCAGGAAAGGAGCCUGUGAGCCCAGGUGUAGGUGGUUUCCCUGUCUGGUUUGAUAUCUGGAUUCUAUACACACAAAUCAUUUGGGCAAAACUCAAAAUGCCCCUUUACUUUUUCUAGCCAUUUCCAAAAAUUAUUACUGAGUAACCAGG